AUGUAUUUAAUUUUUGACAAUGCCAAGGAUCGGGCCACCGAAGCGCUCUACAUCAAUCAGAACUUUCGCCGUCAGGUACUCCGUCGCGAUGGCGAGACCUACAAGAUGAAGCACACCGAGUACCCCUUCGACGAUGAUAACGACCAGAAUGAUGCGUCAUGCGCCUACAAAUAUCGCAAAUUUUCGCUUGGCACUGGAGCCGACGGAAAGCCGAUCGAGCUUGUCGUGCGCACGGAGCAUGAUGGUGUUAUGGUCCGUGUCAAUGGGGAAGUGCAGACGCUGACUAUCAAGGCCUUCAACGAAUGGGACAGUACUCAGUCCAACGGUGUCGACUGGCGAUCAAAACUUGACGGGCAAAAGGGAGCUGUCCUCGCCACCGAACUCAAGAACAACGGCUGCAAGCUGGUCAAAUGGACGGUUCAGGCCCACGUCAUUCUCGGCACCCAGCAGCUGCGGCCCAUGGAGUUCGCCCAGAACAUCACGCUCAACUUUGACAACUGCUGGGGAAUUCUGCGCGUUAUUAUUGACAACUUGAUGAAGCGCAAGCCCGGCAAGUACCUGCUGAUGAAGGACCCGCACGCCCCAAUCGUACGCCUCUACGGGCUGCCCGACGGCACCUUUGACAGCGACGACGAGGGCCGCUCCGAAGAUGAUAAU